GACAGUAAAAACCUUCCGCAUAUCAACAUAUACAUAAAAUAAGCUUAAACAAGACUUCUACCAUAAAAGCUUUCACUAUGGCAACAAUACGAGCUAUAAUUCUUAUAGGUGGCACGAUGAUGUUAGCAGCGGCGGCGGCAGCGGCGGCGGCGCAAGAAUCAGAAGCUCUGGCAUUGUUGGAGAGUGGGUGGUGGAAUGGCUACGUCAACAACACUGCAAAUCAUUGUAGUUGGCCUGGCGUAACAUGCAACCAUGAUGGAAGCAUAAUCGAGAUUAGUCUUCCGGAUUAUGUUCAAGUGGGAGAAAGAUUUAGAAAGAUGAACUUUUCUGCCUUCCCCAAUCUUGUUUUGUUUCAACUUCGAAAUCAAGAAUUCAACGGGACCGUGAGCAUGCCUCCUAGUUUGGGUAAUUUAACCAAUCUCAGAUCAUUGCUUAUUGUGGGAAACCGACUUGGGGGAUCCAUACCACCGGAAAUUGGGAACCUUAAGAAUCUGGUUACUUUGGAUCUUUCUAACAACUGUCUUUUAGGUGUAGUUCCUUCCACUUUAGGUCAGUUAACCAAUUUAGUUACUAUGCAACUAUCCUUCAACAUAAUUGAUGGUCCAAUACCCUCAUCCUUGAGUCAAUUACCCAAUCUGGCAUAUCUUAACCUUUGGUCUAACAACGUUAGAGGUUCGAUCCCUCGAGAAUUAGGAAAUAUGAAAAAUCUCAGCUUUUUAAAUUUGGGAAAAAACCAAAUUUCUGGUCCAAUACCUCGAACUUUGGGUUUUUUAUCCAAGUUAAAGCACUUAAAUCUUCAGUCCAACCAAAUCAACGGUUCCAUCCCCUUGGAAAUAGGAAACUUAGAGAACCUAGUUGAUUUGCGUCUUGGUUCUAACAACAUCAAUGGUUCAAUCCCUUCCACUCUGUUUCAUCUGCCCAGAUUAAGGGGCUUGUAUCUUAGAUCCAAUCUUUUAGAGGGCCUGAUACCUGGAGAAAUUGGUAAUGCAAAAUCCUUGCAGUUCUUGGACCUAGGGCAGAACAGGUUGAGUGGUGUCAUCCCCUUCCAAAUUGGUAAUCUUUCUAUGCUGUCGGAGUUCUAUGUUGAUCACAACUUCAUCAGUGGAGACAUACCUUUCCAACUUGGGAAUUUAAAAAAUUUAUCGACCUUGGAUCUCAGCCAGAACAAUCUUACAGGUUCAAUCCCUCGCACUUUGCUUCAUUUGGCCCAUUUGAGGAGCUUGCAUCUAGAUUCAAAUCUUUUAGAAGGUCAUAUACCAAAAGAGAUUGAUAAUUUGAAAUCUUUGCAGUAUUUGAAUCUCUCUCAAAACAGAAUGAGUGGAGGCAUCCCCACCCAAAUUGGGAGUUGCUUGAAUUUAAAGGAGCUAUCAUUGAGCUAUAACUCCUUGAGUCGAAGCAUUCCCCUUCAAAUUGGCAGUCUCUCUAUGCUCUCACGAAUUGAUGUCAGCCACAAUUCCAUUAGCGGAGAGAUACCUUCCCAACUUGGGAAUUUAUCAAACUUGGGGGCCUUAGAUCUAAGUUACAAUAAUUUCUCAGGCUCCAUUCCAAGCAACUUGCUUCAUCUAACCAAUUUGAGGGGCUUGUAUCUUGGUUCAAAUCUUUUACAAGGUCAUAUUCCCACAGAUAUUGGAAAAUUGAAAUCCUUGCAAUAUUUGAAUCUCUCCUGCAAUAGAAUGAGUGGACCUAUCCCUACUCAACUUGGGAGUUGCCUGAAUUUAGAAGAGCUGUCAUUGAGCUACAACUUCCUGAGCGGAAGCAUCCCUCUUCAGAUUGGCAAUCUCACUAAACUCUCAGUAAUUGAUGUCAGCCACAAUUCCAUAAGCGGAGAGAUACCUUCACAACUUGGCAAUUUAACGGGCUUAGAUCUCAGGUACAAUAAUCUCUCGGGCUCCAUUCCAAAUAACUUGCUUCAUCUAAUUGAUUUGAUCUACUUGUAUCUUGAUUCAAAUCUUUUAGAAGGUCCUAUACCUGGAGAUAUCGGGAAUUUAAAAUCCUUACAAUAUUUGAACCUUUCCCAAAACAGAUUGAGCGGAUCCAUUCCUCUUCAAUUUGGCAAUUGCUUGAAACUAGUGAAUUUGUCAUUGAGCAAUAACUUCUUAAGUGGAGAGAUACCUUCCCAACUAGGGGAUUUACCAAAUCUAGAGGCCUUGGAUCUUAGUUACAAUAAUCUCUCAGGCCAAAUCCCAAUUACCUUGCGUAAGUUUCCAGAGAACUUGUUCAUAGGCAACAAGGGUUUGUAUGAUCAUCCUAGCAGCCCCCUUACUCGCCCUAAUUCUCUGACAAAAAAUAUAAAAACAAGCAACAAAGCAUGGAAGCGUGUUAAAAUUAUUCUUCCAAGCACCUUUUCUCUUGCCUUGGUGGUAUUUCUGGGAUUAUUGUUGCUUGCCCAAAGAAUAAAUAAAGCUAAGAGUAAGGAAGCAGAUUCAAGUCCAAAGAAAAAUGGAGAUAUUUUUUCAAUGUGGAACUUUGAUGGAAGGGUUGUAUUUGAAGACAUCAUUGAAGCAACUGAGGAUUUUGACAUCAAAUACUGCAUUGGUACAGGUGGCUAUGGCAGUGUUUAUAGAGCACAGUUGCCCAAUGGUAAAGUAGUCGCUUUGAAGAAACUUCAUCGAAGGGAAGCAGAGGAGCCAGCUUUUGACAAGAGUUUUAGGAAUGAGAUUAAGAUGUUGUCAGAACUACGACAUAGGAACAUUGUGAAGCUUCAUGGAUUCUGUUUGCACAAGCAAUCCAUGUUUUUGAUCUAUGAAUACAUGGAAAGAGGAAGCUUGUUUUGUGUGCUCACAAAUGUUGAAGAAGCUGUGGAACUGGAUUGGAACAAAAGGGUGAAUGUCAUAAAAAAUACAGCGCAUGCUUUGUCUUACCUUCACCAUGACUGUGUUCCACCUAUUCUUCAUCGGGACAUAUCAUGCAAUAACAUUCUUUUGAACUCAGAAUUAGAGGCUCUUGUUUCUGACUUUGGAAAUGCUAGGCUUUUGGACCCUGAGUCAUCCAAUCAUACCAUGCUUGCUGGUACUUUUGGCUAUAUUGCCCCAGAACUUUCUUAUACAACUACUAUGACCGAGAAGUGUGAUGUUUAUAGUUUCGGGGUUGUGGCAUUAGAAGUACUAAUGGGAAGGCAUCCUAGAGAACUGCUACAAUUAUUAUCAUCACCAUCUUCUUUACGAAACAUGAUGCUAAUUGACAUCCUAGAUACGCGUCUCUCUCCUCCAGAAAACAAGACUAUCAUACAGAAUAUUACAGUUGCUGCUACACUUGCAUUUGCUUGCUUGCGUACGAAACCCAAGUCUAGGCCAACAAUGAAAUUUGUGUCUCAACAAUUUAUUGGGUGCCAAAAACCACUUACGAAGCCUUUUCAAGCUAUUUCUCUAUUGGAACUUGUGACUAGUGAAUUAGGAAUGGAAAAUGAAAGAGAACUUCAACUUGAAGUUUGAGGGCAUCCAAAUGAGUUUUAUCUUCCUCAAAUUAGAUGCAGUUGAGUUCCCUCUCUGGGUCCUCUCUUUUUUUAAUUUUACUUGUUCAUUUUCAUGUAAGAAUUUCAUCCAAGUCCUAUCUUAUUAUAGUUUUAUUUGUUAUUGUCUAAUCGUAAUAAUAGUUUGUAUGCUCG